ACCUUCACACGGCAAAUGGGAAUGAUGUUCAAAAGGACUGAGGAAAAACCCCAGUUCAGGAGUAUCGUCCAUGCAGUGCAAGCUGGGAUAUUUGUGGAAAGAAUGUAUAGGCGUACUUCAAAUAUGGUCGGCUUGAGCUACCCACCAGCUGUAAUUCGUGUGCUAAAGAAUGUAGACAAGUGGUCCUUUGAUGUAUUUGCACUAAAUGAUGCCAGUGGGGAUCAUGCACUGAAAUUCAUUUUCUAUGAACUUCUCACACGCUAUGAUCUGAUUAACCAUUUCAAGAUUCCCAUAUCUGCCUUGGUGUCUUUUGUUGAAGCUCUGGAGGUUGGCUACAGUAAACACAAAAAUCCUUAUCACAACCUAAUGCAUGCUGCAGAUGUCUCACAGACAGUCCAUUACCUCCUUUUCAAGACAGGCACUGUGCACUGGCUGACAGAGCUGGAGAUCUUCGCUAUGAUAUUUGCAGCUGCCAUACAUGACUAUGAACACACUGGAACCACCAACAAUUUUCACAUCCAGACAAGGUCAGACUCAGCCAUUCUGUAUAAUGACCGGUCUGUGCUUGAAAAUCACCAUGUUAGUGCGGCAUAUCGUCUUUUGCAAGAUGAUGAAGAGAUUAAUAUUUUAUCUAAUCUCUCAAAGGAUGAUUGGAGGGAAUUUAGAGCUCUAGUCAUUGAGAUGGUGUUGGCUACCGAUAUGUCCUGUCACUUUCAGCAAAUCAAAGCUAUGAAGAAUGCUUUGCAGCAACCAGAAGGAAUUGACAAGUCGAAAGCCUUAUCACUGUUAUUACAUACAGCAGAUAUCAGUCAUCCAGCCAAGGCCUGGGAUCUCCAUCACCGCUGGACCAUGUGUCUGCUAGAGGAGUUCUUCAGACAGGGUGACAAAGAAGCAGAACUAGGGCUGCCCUUCUCUCCUCUGUGUGAUCGGAAAUCUACUAUGAUUGCUCAGUCUCAAAUAGGUUUCAUUGAUUUCAUUGUGGAACCCACCUUUACUGUGCUGACCGACAUGACAGAGAAAAUUGUGACUCCGCUAAUUGAUGAAGCUUCCCUCUCUGGCAUGUCUGGAUUUAGGCGUUCCAGUUUGAAUAGCUAUAGUCCCUCUGAAGUAAAAAGAUCAAGUGUCAAGAGCACUGGGUCCAAAGGAAGUGCCUCACUCAACUGCUCCAUACUCACUGUGGACUUCAAAUGUUUUAAAGACACCUGGACUGAGGUGGUGCAGCAAAAUAGAGAGAAAUGGAAAGCACAAGCCACCAAAGAAGAAAAGGCUAAGAAAGCAGCAGAGGGAAAUGCUUAUCAGGGAACAGAUGAAAAGGAAAGAGAUGAACAGGAUGGGAAGCCAGGUGAAGAUGUCACAGAAGCAAAGACAGAAAAGAGCAAAGAACCAAAUCCUGGGGAAAGCAAAAGGACACAUUCCAGCAAGAAUCCUGUAAAUGGCACUUGGCAAAGUGGUAUGAGCAAACACGAAGCCUAUCAAGGGAAAAACGCAGCUAGGACAGAUAAGAAAAUGGAUCAUCAUCAUACUCUGGGAGAAGAGAAACAGCAUGUCCAGAAUGGUGAAUUAAAGGAAGACAACAAACUGGACAGAAAAGAUAAGUGUAGCAUGGGGGAUGAAUCAAAGAAAACAGAUGCCACCAAACCUCAACUGCAUUACCUCAGGAGGCCUACUCACAACCCAGGAGACAAUUUCCCUGUCUUACACAAGAAACUGGAGGAACAUCUGGUGAGAGAUGCUAUUGCUGGGCAGUCUCUCUGCAUACAAGAAUACUGUAAGGCCAUAUGUAAAAAGUGUAAUCUCAAAAGGUGGGAAUUGCAUAGAAAAUACAGGAAGAUAAUCUGUUAUAAUAUCUAA